AUGUCUCUUUCUAUCCAAGUCGAGGACAAGGCCUGGGAGAAGAGCGGCGUCUGCAAUGAGCCGAUGGCGCUCGAUUUUGGCAACAAGUUCCCAAGUGAAGGCUUGACCGACUUGUUUCGCCGCCUACAACAGCACAGCAAGGAGAGGGGGUUUCGGUUCCUCAAUGCCCAUUUCGGAGAGUCGACGCUUGUCCUGCAAGAGGAAAUUUCCAAGCUGCCACCCCAUAUCAGGAGCCAGGUGCCGCACUUUGACAACAUCGCAACGCUGUCGGAGAACGGCUAUCUGCGAUAUCUUGGUCUGGGACCCGCCAUAGAAAGCGCCCUACUCAUUGUCCUGCAGCUGGGCCUGUUUAUCAGGCAUCAUGAGGCACUUGAAAGGAAACUGAAUAGGCCCGAGAAGGUGACAACAGUGGCAGGCAAAAGCAUGGGUCUCUUCCCUGGAGCCGCAGUGGCCCAGUCCACCACACUCGCAGAGGUGGUCAAGAACGGAGCCGAGGCUCUGCGAGCUUCCUUCUGCCUAGGUGUGUACGUCGGCAACCUUACUCAAAAGCUGGAGGCACAACGGCCCGACGGCUUUCAGUCGAUCUUGGCGCACGGCGUCACCGGCAUGACGGAAGAGUCGGUGCGAGGCGAACUGAAUCGAAUCAAAGAGGAGCUGGAGAAGCCAGAACGCUCCACCUCGGGGCCGUCAAGAGCAUUAUUUGCCAUGGAGGGGCGGACGGUACCUCCUCACUCAUUGAGAUGGCUCUCAUAUCCCAGCGCUCCUACAUUUCUUCCGUUCGAUCGUCCCGAGGUCGGCGACGAGUCACCCAUCGGGUGCAGCGAGAGAUUGGGCACGGAGACGGGCAACAGGCCGCUGAUCCGGCACGACAUCGAGGCCAUGCGCCCGCCGAAAGGCAAUGCGGCCGAUGCGUGCCACGAGUUUGCCCUCCACGACAUGGUAUGCCCUUCGGGCAAGAUAAAGCCUGGCGUCGAGCUUCCGCUGGCCUGGAGGUUCGCCAUCCACAUCAGGCCGAGCAGGGUAGACGAGCUCACAAGCCAGGCAGCCGGGUCUUUAUUGCUCAUCGGCCUGCAUUGUGCGCCGGACGCCAGCGAUGUCGAGGGCAUCGCCGCUCGCGUGACCAAGUCGCCGCCGUCGCAGGUCCAGGAGCAGCUGCUCACCCAUGCUUUCUCCUGA